AUGAACGUGGAAGCCAAGAACGGCACCCCGGUCCCCAUGGACGGCGAUCGCGAUUCCGCCGAUAUAACUGAACAUUCGGAGCCACUGGACUCUGGAAGAGAAAGAAUUAAUGGCGAUGUGAAAUCCGAGAACCGUAAAGCUGCAAACGCUAAAGAUCCUUCCCGGCCGCGACGGAAAAAGGCUCGCCGAGCUUGUUUCGCCUGUCAGCGAGCUCACUUGACAUGCGGCGACGAGCGACCAUGCCAGCGCUGCAUAAAGCGAGGCUUACAAGAUGCUUGCCAUGACGGUGUCCGUAAAAAGGCCAAGUAUCUGCACGAUGCCCCGGACGGAGCACUGAUGCCCGGGGUACCUGGAAACUUCUUCCCUAACAACACGCCCUUACGAACCAGCUUGUCACUGUCUAGAAAUGGCACCAACUCAAGUACUCCGCAGCAACAGCAGCCACAGCAGCAGCAGCAGCCCCAACAACCCCCACCGCAGCAAGGGAACAGCAAUUUCUACCCCACGCCUCAGCCACAAAACCAGCCGCAGGGUUCUUAUAACAUGUACCAAGAAUCGGCCUUGGGUCAGAGUCCUUUUACCACGCAAUCGCCUGUUUCACCUACAUACAAUCUGAAGACCAGUCAGAAUGGUCGCAAUCCAAGCUUAUCGUCCACUGUGAACCAACAGCCCACGCCUAGUACCGCCCUCUCCGGAGACACCUCCCAACCACAAAAUCCAUUUGCGGGGCCAUUUUUCGACCCAAGCGACCCCGCACUUUUCAACUUCGAUUUAUCCAGCAUGAAUUUCGAAAAUCGCUACGGUGCUCUUGAGUUUGGAAUGCUAGGACAUAUGGCGACCGGUGCCGGUGAUUCACCCACCGAUUCGGGCACACAGCGAGGGUCGAUGGGCCGUAGUGGGUCGGCGCAGUUCUCUACGCCAGCCCCUGGGUUUGGCGAAAGUCCGGGGAAUCAACCGCAACCAUUCAUGUUUGGUGAUCCCUUACUGAAUGAGUGGCCAACUGGACAGGCCUCGGGCCAACAGCAUGUGAAUGUCAGUGGCGUAUACGGCCAGAAUGGCAUGCUCCCGGGACACAUGAAGGCAGAUGGACCACAUGCUUUUGCUAUUGAAAGCGCUCCUGCCAAUUUCACCAGCCCCGCAUCGGCGAGUAGUCCACAUGUGGCUACAUCUGCUUUCGAGGAUGGAUCUUACAAUACGAGCGCCAAGUCCAGUAAUCUCGCACCCAAUGGACAGCGACCGAUGAUCACCACGCCUAGCUUAAAACAUCAACAAUUACAUGUUGGACCUAAAAAACGUCAUCGGAAUCCAUCCUCGAUAUACGAAAGUGUCAAGGAACCAUACGCUUAUACAAGUGGUUUCCACAACCUCACUGCAUUUAUUCAGCGCCGCUUCUCACCACAGAAGACCGUGCGUAUAGCUAAGUCUUUAGCAUCUAUCCGACCCUCUUUCAUUGCGACCACCAAGACCCUCAAUCGGGAUGACUUGAUUUUCAUGGAAAAAUGCUUCCAACGGACCCUUUGGGAAUACGAAGAUUUCAUCAACGCUUGCGGCACACCGACAAUUGUCUGUCGACGUACGGGAGAGAUUGCCGCUGUUGGAAAGGAGUUUAGCAUUUUGACAGGAUGGAAGAAAGACGUCUUGUUGGGCAAGGAGGCCAACCUCAAUGUUAAUACGGGUGGUACAUCACAACCGGCAUCUGGCACAAGCUCGCGUGGCAGCUUCACUCCUCGCGGCUCGACAUUGGAAAAUACCAACGGUCGGCCGCAACCGGUCUUUUUGGCAGAACUUCUUGACGAUGAUAGCGUUGUGGAGUUUUAUGAAGACUUUGCGCGCUUGGCAUUUGGUGAUUCUCGAGGUAGUGUAAUGACACGCUGCAAGCUUCUCAAGUACAAAACCAAGGAAGACAUGGAGGUGGGACAGGAUGAUAACGGAAAGUGGAACAACCACCUCCGCAAGGGUGGUAUUGCUGGCGAGGCUGGAAUGAACCAGCUGGGAUUCAAGGAUGGCAAGGUCGAGUGCGCGUACUGCUGGACAGUUAAGCGAGACGUGUUCGACAUUCCAAUGCUUAUCGUGAUGAAUGUGAGUACCCCCCAGCUUCACCUGAUUUGGAAACUCGAACUGACCAUUUAA